AUGGGAAAUAUAGGAUUGGAGUGGAACCCGAAGAAGUGCAAUACUAUCCAUGUUAAAAGAGGGGUCCAAGUGUCUGAUGCGUUAGGUCUUCAACUCAAUCAGACAACAGUGGUUGAAAGUCUUAAGACUGGUUCAAGCUACAAGUUCCUAGGGGUAUGUGAAACGGUAAAACAAGAUGAGAAGUCAGCUCUUGAGUGUGCAGCAAAGGUUUACCUUCAAAGAGUGUCUGUAAUCUGGUCUAGCCCCCUUUCCGAUGUCAACCGAGUGAUAGCUACCAACCAAUUUGCACUUCCUGUUCUCAACUAUCUGAUGUGGACUCAGCACUGGCCAAUCAACGAGCUGAGAGCAAUCGACAGAGAGACAAGAAAAAUUAUCCAUGAAAAUGGAGGUAAACAUCCAUUGAGUUCUACAGCUGUUAUGUAUCUACCAAGACACAAAGGAGGGCGGGGUCUGAGAUCUGUUGAAUACGAGUACAAGCUUACAAAGAUCAAAGCUGCUGUUAAACUCUACCAGAAUGCAGAUCCUACUAUGAAAACUGUCCAGAGGUUUGAAGAAAGAGCAGCAGAGAAAGGUCAUUCGUCAUUGUUAACUGAGGCACACAAGUUUGCUAAAGAGCUGGACAUAGCUUUAUCUUUGAAGUACCCAGAUCCAACGUUUACUUCAAUUAAAAGCCCAGAUACGGUGAUCGAAGGAAAGAAGGUUAAAGAACACUUGAAGAACGCACUGGUUGACAACCUACAGAAGACGAUAGUGGAAGAGAAGUGGCAUGGUCGUUUUCUAUCAGCCCGUUGGAAAGACGAAGAACUUGUUCAAGACAGAUGUUUUGCUUGGAUGAAAGACUGGACGUCGGCACCCACACAUACGAUCGCUGGAAUGAUUGAGUUAUAUGAACAACUCACACCAACAAGAAUUUAUUUAUCACAUAAGACCAAAGCAACCGUGGGAGAUGUCAGUUGUAGGUUGUGUGGUAAAGAAGCAGAGACCCUUCCACACGUUCUGUCAGGAURCUCAGCACUCGCUCAAUCGAAGUACAUGGAACGUCACAAUGCUGCUUUACAGAUAUUAUUUUUCGAAAAGUGCAAAGAUCUUAAGCUGAUAGAAAGUGUUCCUCCAUGGUACUCACYAGUGAAACCAAAACCUGUGUAUGUAUCAGAAGACGCGCAAGCUUUUUGGGAUGUGCCAGUCUAUGCCGAGUAYAACUAUGUGAAAGCAAAUAGAGUGGAUGUACGUUUCGUAGACCACAAGGCAAAGCAGGYCUGGGCUGUGGAAAUGAGCUGCCCUUGGAUUGACAAUCGUAAAAAGAAGAUCAAGGAGAAAGCCACCAAGUACGGAGCACUACUUUUGGAAUUAAAACAACAACACCCUGGAUACAAGGUACAACAAUGCACCAUCGUAAUUGACGUGCUCGGGGGAUGGUCGAGAGAUUUAGAACAAGAURUGAAGAAGCUGGUUGGUGCCCGAUCAAAGUGUAUUUUGGAAAAAAUGCAGAAAGCUACCAUUUCGUGCUCGCAGAACAUAGCACGUACAUUUAAAGCAUCAGUUACCUAA